AGUACAUGUACUCCAUGUCAGACAAGAGCACUGGGAUAAGCAUUUUUUAACUAGCUAGUAGUUAUGUUCUAAAUCUCUGCAAACCUGAUUCUGUGUUACUGAUUUCUCAGAAGUUACCUUCACUACCAGUUUCAAAGAGCAAUUGAAGUGCUUGGUUAUACCCCUGUAUUAGAAGAUAUAAGAAUCCCUUUACCUACCAUUUUAACAUCAGCCUUGAAGGCUUUCCAAUUUAUUCUUAUCCUGUAAUUACCAGCUGAAGCAGUGACAAUCAAAUCAGAUGUUUUCCCAGGUCUCCUUAUCCCGUGCUUAAUCCGUUUCACCCCCUCCCUGCCCUUACAGGGCUGUUCCUUUUGCAAUCCGUGCUGAGGAUACCAGUGGUCCUCUUGUGAUUAACAUAGUGAUGCAAUCAGAGUUAUAAAAAGCAGUGAUCUGGCUACGGCUCUUACUUAAUGAAGAAGAGAUGCCUCCUGCAGAAGAAACUAAGAAACAAUCUCUGAUUGCUGAUGUGUCUCAUUCUGAAUCUAAACUUGAAGAUGAACCAACAGAUGAUGAAAGCCAGGAUGACACAGCAAGUCCAGAAUUUAAAGAGGACAAACAAUCUAGUGGCCCUGUGGGACAACCAAGGCCCAAACCUGCUUAUCUGAGUUCAAAGCCAAAAGCAAACUGCCAUCUCAGAGGGCUGGUCCCAGAACCAAAGAUAAAACCCUCCCAUGUGGGAAGGAGCGUUCUCUGUAACAUCACAAUGCUGCUGUGCUCCAUGCUUUGUUCUCUCACCUGGACUUUUCUCAGCCAUUUGCUCCAGAUCUGUAAUGUCCUGAGGAUUCAGCUUCUGCCAUCCUCUCUGGUUGUCGAUGCAGCUCGGCUUUGUGAUUUGCUGCGUGGAAAUGUUGUGAAAAUCCUGGGCUCCCCAAGGCUACAAAGCAGAGGGCUGUUAACUUCAAUCUUGGGGAUGAGAUACAAGAAAACAGAACAGAGUGCAGCUCAGAGGACUGCCUCGAGGUAGAAAUGAAGCCGGUAGUUCUAUGACCGUUAGCAGCAAUCCUGUUCAGCAUCGGUGAAAGCUACUCCAGCAUGGCAGGGAGAGGUUAAUUCCCUAAUAAAGAAAUGCAGUCUGGACUAAGCUGAUGCACUCAGGUCACAACAGCUAAUUUCCAAGUAACCAGUAUUGACUGGUUCUGUGUUAUUAAAUGGACCACAGCAAGUAGUAUCUUACGUAGAGCUUGGAAAUGUGCUCUGCUACUCUCCUACUGCAAAGUACAAAUCACUUUCAGAGUGGCUAAACACCCUUAGCAUGUAUGGAGCUGUGCAAAUACACCCUUUUCAGCACGUGAGGUUGGAUUCCACUGCCACAGACGGUCACUGCCAGCUCCCUGGGGCCACGAGGGGGCUAUGCUGUAGUUCUGUCCCCUAAAGGUUCUUGAGGGGCCGUUUGCCCGUUGCUUUGAUGCACGCGUUGCACAAUUCGUCUGAAAAGACAAGUUGAAAAUAGGGAGUCACAGCCCGGGAAGCGCGCUGCCGUUUGUCCCUAUUCCUGAGGUGAAGGAAACUCUCCACAGCCCUGCAUGGGGAGACUGUGUAACGGUUCUGCUGCCUGUAAUUACGAAGCACGCCUUGUUUGCGUUUGCCUUUCCCACAGAUGUCCACGCGUCCAAAUAUUUAUGCAGGGCAGCAUGCUUUUAAAUAAAACUUGUUUGCUCGCUGUCUUUAUAUCCGUGGUCAUUUAUUUCGAGGAGAUAUAUGCGGAUACGCCAUUCAUCAGCCGUUUGCUGAGCAAAUCGCCUUUACGCAUCCGCAGAGCUGGUACCAGAAAUUGUCCUUGCAAAAUGAACCAGCUUCCUCAGAAGAGCUCUUUGGCUUCCCCAUUGUCAGAGGACAUGACUACCAGGGUAGACAACUUGCCAAUGGAGAGCUUUUGGCUGGAAGUAGAGAACAUUAAACAGAGCGCUGAAGCUGAGCAAGAGGAAUGCAGCCUUGCAGAAGUCAAAACACAAGAGGAGGGAGAGGCUGAAGCAGAGUGGCUCCAGGACGCGGGGCUCUCAGACCUCAUUGGGGACCAUGCCUCGGAGAACGACAACGCGCUGCUCUCCACCCUGACGAAGACCCAGGCUGCAGCCGUGCAGCGAAGGUUGGAUACCUACUCCCGCUCACGGAGGAGGAAGAACAAACCUCCUGUGAGGGAUGUCAGAGACAUUUUUGGAGUGGUCGGCUCUGGGGAGACGGUAACAGAAAAAGAGGAGCCCAGCCCAGACCUGCUGUUGCACAAUCUGCGGACUUCAAAUGUUCAGAAACCAGAAGCCCAGGAUUACUCCUGCACAGUUCGAAACCCUGGAAAAGAGGAGAUGUUCAACAUGGAUGUUGCCUACUCAGAACAAGCAGCUGUCCUGCUCAAGGGGUCAUUCUUGACCGAAUCUAAAAGAAUAAAGGAUGGAAAUGUGCUAACUAAAUUUAAGAUCCCCAAGGGCAGACUAGGAGUGACCAGGAUUGGAGAUCUAUCUGCUCAGGACAUGAAGAAGAUCCCCACGCUGGCCCUUAUUGAACUAACAGCUCUUUGUGAUGUUCUAGGCUUUGAAUUGAAGAGAAACAAGGCAGCAAAACUGAAAACAACAGAGAAAAGGCUCUUUGGAGUUCCACUCAACACUUUGCUGGAAAAUGACCAAAAACUGCUCCCCAACACUAAGGUCCCUCUCUUACUCCAGGCACUGCUGUCCUGUUUAGAGAAGAGAGGACUUGAAACAGAGGGCAUUUUGAGAGUUUCUGGGUCCCAGACUAGAAUCAAGAGUCUGGAGCAGAAGCUAGAAAGGGAUUUCUAUAGCGGCCUUUUCCGCUGGGAUGAAGUCCACCAGAAUGAUGUAUCUGGGCUGCUGAAAAGAUUCAUAAGAGAGCUGCCUGCCCCACUGCUGACAGCAGAAUAUCUUCCUGCUUUUGCUGCUGUGCAAAAUAUUCCAGACCUGAAGCAAAGGUUGCAGGCUCUGAACCUCCUGAUCCUGAUUCUGCCAGAGCCAAACAGAAACACUCUAAAGGCUCUACUUGAAUUUCUCAGCAAAGUAGUCUCCAGGGAGAACAACAACAAAAUGAAUCUCUGGAACGUUUCCACAGUCAUGGCCCCAAACCUCUUCAUGCACAAAGGGCUGCCAAACAAGAUUCCUGAAGGGAAGGAGAAACAGCUGGCAGAGGGGGCAGCUGAUGUGGUGCGGAUGAUGAUCCAUUAUCAGGAUUUGCUCUGGACAGUCUCCUCUUUUCUGGUAGCUCAAGUGAGAAAACUCAAUGAGAGCAAUAGUAAAAGGUAUCAGUUCUGUGACAAAAGGUUAAAAAAUCUGCUGCGGAAGAUUCAUGCUGAUAAAGACAAAGUGGAAAAGAAUCAAGCAGAGCCUUCCAAGAUUGUGAAAGUCCACGCUUCACUUCUCCUGAAGGAUUCCCUAGAAGUUCAUUUGAACAAUGCUACCAGAGUUGCUGAUGUCCUGAAGCAGUUUCAGAAGAACCUGUGCCAGAAUGGCUGGAAUAUUGUUAACACGGUCAACUUCCUGAAAUGUAACAACUCCAUGGAGUGCACAAACUUGCUCCUAUAUGAAGUGGGAGGCAAUAUUGGUGAACAUUGUCUGGAUCCUGACACUUACCUCUUAGACUUGUAUCAUAUCAAUCCACAUGCUGAGUGGAUAAUUAAGCAAAACCCAUCAUAUCCUCGGAUGUUCUAAGGGAAACAUAAGCAAAACAGCAUUUGGCUGAAGUUUUUGGAAGGCAAGAGAAACCCAUAAGAUGCUCCUGGUACAGUCACAGACCUGGACGAUGCUCGUGUUUUUGAAGGCAAAACCAAUUUUAUUUCCUACUUCCAGGACAGCUGGCUGUGAGUGCAAAAGUGCACAUGUGAACAGGGGAGUCAGUAACAGGCAUCAAUUAUCAUUAUGUAGUAGAAUUUGUGGGAUUAUAAUUAUUCAUAAAUAAAAAGCUCUCCAAACACCCUGCAAACAAAGCUACAGCUGUUCUACAACAAAGAGGAGCAGCACCUCCUGAAGAUGGUAAAACAUUUGUUUCUCCUGGAUUUGCUCUUUCUUUUGAUCACAUCUAUGUUUUGAAGGAGAGACAAUCUGGUGCUGCCAUGGCACUAAUCGUGCACUUCUGGUGAGAUCCAUGACUGGCUGUGGCACGUUACCAGCAGCUGUGAUCCUUAGUUUCACUACUAAGACUGUUACGUACUGAAGACUGAAAAAGGAUGCUUCCAAAAGUGGGACAUAAAUCCCGUAUUUAAUAACUGCAGUUAAACACAUCUAUGCAACACAAGAAAAUGUCUUUCCCUGGAAAAUAAUAUGGGAUGGAUAGCAGCCUUUCAGCUGUGCAGUUGGAUGGGGAGAUAGCUGUCCCUUACAGGACUGGUGGUAAUGCAGGAACAAAUGUGUAGGUUGCUGUUGAUCAGAAUAAAACAAGCAUUCACUUUGUUGGACAACCUAUAUAUCAAACAGUUAACCAAGGAAAUGUUCUGAAGGAUCUGAGGUUAGUAAUCUGAUCUGGCCACAUGAAAAGCUCUUUCUGGAGGCAUCUGUGUGAACACAACUGUCAAAGCAAAAAUUAAGCUGUGUGGUGAAACAGGGGUCUGUGCAUGCAUCCAUCUGGACACUACGGUGGCAGCAGACUGAGCUGUUACCGCUCUGUUUUCAGCCCACACAGUGUGGUCGCUGUGGACUGAAGAGAGCCAAAGGGAGAGCAGAGCAUUGCACUGUGUCACUGCAUAGCUGUCGUGUGACCUGAGCUCCAGUGAGACUGCACUUCUGGGAGACGAGUGCAGGAAGAGUUCUCCUUUGCAGCAGUGCUGAAAUACCUCACAGGAGGGAUCCUGCUAUGCAGUCACAGGGAGCAGAACACGCACUGCUUCUGAGAAUCCUGACAUCCCUUUUUUAUACUGUUUUUAAGCAUCGUUGGAUAUUUAUUCAUGUGGCAGAAGCAGGGCUGCCCUGCAAGUGUGUACUCAAAGUAUGUUGUUUGCCAAUUCCUAGCUGCACUAGUGACAAGCUCCAGUGUUAUUUCUGUUUAACUGAAUUCUCUUCCAAUUGCAGUCUGAGCUUUUCCACCUGUUUGUGUUUCUCAGGCUGAUGUUUAGCUAUCCCUGUUCAUUAUCGUAUUCAUUAUCUCCAAACUUUGAUUUUUAUUGUCAAAGCACUUCAUUUUCUGGCUUGUCUGUCUGUGUGGUUAACUUCUCCUGGCGAUAAACAUCCAUGAGAAAUGGGUGAGCCAUAGGUUGUUCCUUCUAACCUGUUGUGAAUAUGGUGUAUGUUGCUGAUGUCUUGAAAUUAUGCAUAUAUUAGAGACAGUCUGCUUGUUUUUUUCUGGUUAAGACAAUGCAGGUGCACUGCCUAAAGGGGUCAUCUUCAUAGGGAUAUUUUUUUUUAAGAACCUAAUAGUGCAUAAAAAAGGAAAAAAAAAACGUUUAACCCCUAACCCAGAACCCCGGUGUCAGGGCUUCCUGAGAUGCUUCUUUUUUCCUUUUAUUGGUUUUAAAUUGGCCCUAAAAGGCCCUGAUUGUCAUUCUUGAGCUUGGAUGCUCCGUGUCUCUUGAAACAUGGAGCUGCUUUAACAUUGGGCAUUAAAAAUCAAAGGUACCUUUUCACCUGUUGCUUCUGGAAGUCUUUGUUGCAGUGAUGAAGCUCAGUGCAGAGCAAAUACCAGGGAUGUUAGGAAUUGCCUGCUGUGUCAUAGCAUCUUAAGAAGGACAGAAGAACCUGUUCCUGCUCAAAGAUGCUUUGCAGGCUAAAAUGCAGCCUUCCAAAUCCUUGCAUUUUUCUUCUCUUAUCACGUGCUAAAUUUUUGAAAAACAUUUUCUACCAUAACAGAUGGAAAACACUGCAUUGAUGCUUCUGUGAACAGCAGUGUGGGUUUUUUGUGGCUUUACUUUCUUUUUUGAACACUAAACAGUGUGAAUCAGUGCUGUGACAAACACGCGUGGAGAACCUCACAAGACAAACAUCAGUUCUCAAAUAUACAUGGAAACGUUUAAUAAUUAAACAAAUAAACCAAACCAGAAAAAAAACCAGUAACAAAAACCAUCUCUUGCCAUGUGAUGGAUAUCCUUUCUUUUUUUUUUUUUUCCCCUAAUUUUGUACCAAAGAGCUGCUGUACAACCUGCUUCUGGACGCUGGCUUUUCAUAACUUUUUGGUUGUUUUUUCUUUCUUUUUUUACAGAUUUUCAAUUCUGUAUUUAAAAUUCAUUUUAUUGGUGGAACAAUAAAAAUGCAGUCAAACUGCUUGGCUCCAGUUUCAUUGGAGGAAUAAGUUAGCCCAGUAAAUGACAGCAGUCUGUGAAAGCCAGGAGGAUUUGCCUCUUGCCUUAGGGGAGAUGGACAU